GAAGAUACCUAUCCAUCCUCCAUCAGCCAAAAGCAAUACAUGCCUAUGAAUGCCUCACAACCAACAUCCACUAUCUAACAUACAUCCAACAUUUCCAAAUCCCAUCGCUUUCUCCACUUCACUAACUUAACACAAGACGAACGCUGAUAUCAGCCCAAUCAUUGUAAAAAGAUUUUCCGAAUCCCUACACACCACGUUUCUCUCUUACCCUCCCUCCCCAAGGUGCAUCUUUCCUAUCACAUUUAUUAUUCCGAUCAAAUUUGUUCGUCGAUAUUCGUCGUGAAACUUUAAAAGCUGACUGCAUCAAAUCGAUCCUCCAGAAAUUCCGUCGAGCCACCUAUCAGAGAUUGAUGACACUAUCGCUCAACGAACUAAUCAAGCUGCCAACCCGCUCAUUACCUUUUAUCUCUGUCCCUCUCAAUUGAGUCUUACAAACGCUCCACCGACUUGAAAAGGAAAUUCGUGUCUCCGUUUCUUUCUCAUUCCACUGCAAGUCUGCCAUUCUGCAAGUGAUUGCUGCAAUCUUUUGUCAGUGCGUUGCCGUUUUUAGAAGCUUUUUGAUUGAAGUUGAUCCACCUUCGAGAAGGGGUCCCUGGAAUUUCCUGACAGACCUUCCUGACACUCCUUCACUCCUGUUUGAAGUUGACUGCCCUUUCAAUUCCCUUUUCCUCGUGGCACCCAGGGCUUGACCCACUUGAACACCUGCUGCUACUACAAAAGCCGAAGACGUGGAUCAACGCCAUCACUUCCAGACCAGAAUAGCCUGCGAUAGCCCAUAUCUUUUCACUCCCUCGAGCCACUCUGCGAUUCGAUCAUAUAACGGUUGUUAUUAGGGACCACAUCAUACUACAAGAGGAAACCUUGAUUUAAUCUGUCAUACAAUCUCAUCCCGUGUCAAUCUGAAACGAAUAUCGCAAAGAUGGUUGCGUCCUUGGAUUCUUCCCGUCCUAUCAUGGCACCAAGUGUCUCCUCCAAAGGCAAUCGCUUCAGCACUUACAGCCAAGCCAUCUCUGUCGAAACCACCGAUUCUGCCCAAGAAGAAAUCACCGCUAUUGAAGAAGGGUUCGACAAGUUACACAACAAGAAGUUGGAGAGUCAACGUUGUGAUCUGACGACUGAGAAGAGAGACAACAUGGGCAAAUUGGCAUUGGGAGCCAAGUUGGAGAGGGCGUUGGGUCGAAGAAUGGGUAGCCAGGAUGCCAUUAUGCGAAAGAAAUCACCUUCACAAUCAUCUGCCGAAUCACCUACAAUAUCAAUGAACGAAAAGACCGCUCUCUCCGAGAGUGAAAAGGAGAAUGCCGCAUAAUGGAUGUGGAUGUUAGAUGUUGAAUCGGGGGACGAUAUGGCUACUAUGUUAGGAAGACGACUAUUGUGUUACGGUUUUUCACUCGGGACAGUUAUGGGCAUCGAUUGGCGUUCCGUUCAUGUUUUAUCUUUUACGUCACCUUAAGCCUAACUGUUAUACCAUUUCAUUUGAUGGGGGUCGACAACUGUUUUCAAAGCUCUUAUACCACACCAGCGCACGCAUUAGCGAGAGAUGAUGUUUUUAAAUUGGCAUGUAACUUGCUCGUUAUUAGAGCAAGUAGACAUAGGGAGUCUAAGGAUCAAAUAAUAACUUGAAUGCUUCCUACAUAUGUUCUAUGUGAAAAGAAAGACCUGAGAAAAGUGACACUUCCAUGUUCCUGUCAGAUUGAAAUAAACGAAGGAUUCAAAGGGCGCAUAAUAGAUUUGGACGUGGUUUCAGGAAUGUGAAUCAUGGAAUCUUCAUCUCUCAUUCAGAAGACUGAAACAAUCAUGAUAUCAGAGAUGCUACAUCUUGACUUGACUGUAUGUAGCCUUGCAGCCGAGGCCAGCAGUAGAUAUGUGAAAUGUCUCCAAAUAGUAAUGAAUUGAAUUGAAUCCAGAGAGAACGCUCAAUAGGUCGCAAUCA